GCGCGCGGCCCCGCCUCGGCCGCCCCUGGGACCCGGAAGUGGCGCGCUGAGGUCCUCGGCCAGCUGCCGCCGCGUCCCAGUCGCGGCUGAGGCGGCGGGAGCAGGAGCGUCCGAGUUCCGGCCGGGCCGCGUCCCGCCGCUAUGAGCGCGGCCGGGCUGGUGUCUCCCGCGCCCCCGGCUCCUGUCCCGGUGGGGCUGCCCCCCGCCGCGCUGCCCCCCGGCUCCGAGUACUACGAGGAGGAGGAGCUGGAGAGCGCCGAGGAGGAGGACGGCGAGCGCAGCGGCCGGGCCCGCGAGUCCGACGAGGAUACUGAGGAUGCUAGUGAAACUGACUUGGCAAAGCAUGAUGAAGAGGACUAUGUAGAAAUGAAAGAACAGAUGUAUCAGGACAAACUGGCAUCUCUUAAGAGGCAGUUACAGCAAUUGCAGGAAGGUACUUUGCAAGAAUAUCAAAAAAGAAUGAAAAAACUGGAUCAGCAAUACAAGGAACGGAUACGGAAUGCAGAACUCUUCCUCCAGCUGGAAACUGAGCAGGUGGAGAGAAAUUAUAUCAAAGAGAAGAAGGCAGCAGUGAAGGAGUUCGAAGAUAAGAAAAUUGAGUUGAAGGAAAAUCUGAUUGCUGAAUUAGAAGAGAAGAAGAAGAUGAUUGAGAAUGAAAAGCUAACCAUGGAGCUAACAGGAGAUUCCAUGGAAGUGAAACCUAUCAUGACGAGGAAAUUGAGAAGGAGGCCAAAUGACCCUGUUCCGAUCCCGGAUAAGAGACGAAAACCUGCCCCUGCUCAGUUAAAUUAUCUGCUGACAGAUGAACAGAUAAUGGAGGAUUUGAGGACACUGAAUAAGCUUAAAUCACCCAAGAGACCAGCUUCCCCUUCGUCUCCAGAACAUCUGCCAGCCACACCUGCAGAGUCUCCAGCGCAGCGGUUUGAAGCUCGGAUUGAAGAUGGCAAACUCUACUAUGAUAAAAGAUGGUACCACAAGAGCCAGGCUAUUUACCUGGAGUCAAAAGAGAACACUAAGAUCAGCUGUGUUAUCAGCUCUGUAGGAGCCAACGAGAUGAUUUUUGGUGCACAGUCAACCUGUUAAAAUUGGAUUAUGAUAUAUUCUAGUCCUCUGUUGAUUUCCUCCUGGCUACCUUCAGUGACCAUUCCCUCAAGAAAUAACAGCAGAAUGAAAAGUUUAUUGACUGAGGGUUUGAGGUGAGCCACCUAGUGGGUAAAGAAGUUCAGUUCACUUUUGGCUCCAGAGCCAACUCUGUCUUAAGCUCCUAGGUGGAAUGAAUAAUUAAUGGUCUUGGAUCAGUCUUGAUGGCCAAGAAUCCACAUUACAGAACUGUUGCACAUAAUUGGUUGUCUCUGCUGAGGAGAGGCAAAUGAUUGACCUGGUGGGAGACUUAAAUAUCUUUCACAUAUAGAUAUGGUGGUCCUGCCUUGCCCAAGCUACUCAGUUGACAGGGCAUCAGGAGGGAUAUUUGCAUUGUAUUUCCCUAGCUGUGGAUUGAAAAUAAUUUCCAUUACUUCUAGUCUCUAAACUUUCCAGGAACAAAUAUUUACUCUCAUUUGACAUAAAACACUAGGGACCCAGAAGAGGAUGAAUUAAAGGCUCACCUCUAAGUUUAGGUGUAGAUAGGGUAUUCCAACCUUACUGCUAACCUCGUUAUAUAUGUUACAAGACCUCUAGGCUGCCCAUUAAAUUAAACCAAGAUCCUAAGUCUUCUUUUAAAAGAAAACAGCAGGCACAAUCUCCUGGAAGUUCACUUGCUGAGAAGCAUUUAUCUCUCAAACUUUGGGCUGCAUCUGACAGUGACUGAAAUUGGCAUUUUGGAGCUUGCCUUAUACAGACACCUCAUGGUAUCAGCAAAAUGUGGGUGAUGAUUGAGACUAACCUGUUAUCCUACCAAUAAGAAAGCGGGCUAGUAACUUCUCAAAAGUUAGUCAGUUUUUGCAGCAACAGGAUGAACGCUGAUGGUUCCUCAUACAGCAGCUGUCUGUACAGCAGCAUGGUGACUGCCAGCUGGUGGGUAGUUGCCAAUUUGAAAUGACUACUGGCUUAAGAUACAAUUAAGGGCCAAAGUUGAGCAGCAACUUAAAUGUUCUCCUGGUUUUAUCAGUGUAAUUGGGUUUAAAAUUACUGGCUGUUAGUAACUAUACAUACAUGCCUGUUCACAUGUCCUACUCUUUGGCUGCUAUAGAUACAAAGUUUCUUGUGUGUUUGAAUAAGUUUGGCUUCAGGUUCCAUGGAACAUAGUAAAUUCCUUCCUCUGGCUCAGAAAAAUGGUUGUCUUUAGCAGGCAUGAGUAGAUUGUUGAUGAUAAUUAAUGCCUUCCACAAUCUAAUGGGCUGAAAAGAGUUGGGCAGUGUAUGUUGGGGAUAAAGUCAACAGUGUUCACAAGUCACUUAGGUACUAGAAAAGGGCAAGUCAUUUGGCUAAUGCUACUUGACUUGCUGAUGAGGAGUUGGGAUGAGGUUAGUGGGGGUAAAGAGGCAUGUGCAUCUAGGAAUGAUGUGAAUCAAAACCUAAAACAAACUUGGUAUUUAAGAAAUACCAAUAGGAGAAUUGUGCAAAGAAAAACAAUUGGCAAGCAACAUGAAAACUAACUUUUCAAUAAAAUGGAUAAUGGAGCUAGGAUUUAUUAAAUUCAGUAAUGUCCGUGAACCAAAAAAGUACUUCUAGUGUGAGUAUUAAAGGGAAAAUAUUUCAUCAAUAAUAUAAAUUUAAUUUUUAUAACAGUGAGCCAUAGUCAUGGAGCAAUCAUUCGGCUCUAUGGUUGAUUAUUAAAUGAACUUGUAGCAAAAUGCCAACAGAUGUAUUAUAACACAUACAGAAAUGGCUAAUUUGAUUAAGAUUAUUACAGUUAACAUUAAGGAUCUUAAUGUUGUAAAUGAUAAAAGGCUUAAGCUGAAAUUAAAAAAAAUCUCUUGCAAAAGGAUAAUGCAGACUUGCAUUUUCUUAAAGUGGAACAAGAGCAUUCUUUCAGAGGCAGCUGGCUUCAGCAUUGGAUUAGAAGAAAGAGGGAAAGGGAUUGAUUUUUUUUCCCCUCCAAUGUGGCAUUUCAACUGCAAACAACGGAAAGGCAAGGAAGGUACUUCUGAAAGGAACCAUAAUGGGGAGAAUGUGUGUGCUAGGGUCUAGAUAUACUCUUAAUCAGGAGCAGAUAGAAUUCUUUAAGGGCUUAGAGAAGGUGAACUUACCGAUAGCAGUUUCAAUUCCAGAGUAAAACUGACUAGUGUGAUAACAUUUCUAUGGAAAGCUGAAUUUUUGGAAGUAAAUUCACCAGUUAUAAAGUUAAAAACCUUAAAUAUAGUGGAGAUGUUGGAGACACUCCCCCAGUGAAAGGAAUAAUGUAAUCUAGUAUACAACAACCACCUUGUGGCUGGUGGAAAUCAAUGGCUAAGAAGAUACCUAUACCUGAAAGCCAGCACUAAAAUGUGAAUUGGUCAAGACUAAAUUUACAAACCUUUGUAAUGGAAAAUAUUGUACUCUAGUUAUAAUUGCAACAAUAUUAAGAUUUUUUAACAAGUUUUCAUUCUUAUUGAAAACA